AUGGUUCCGCUGUCAAUUUUUGCGCCCUUACAGCAGCUGGGGUCUGCCUACGAAACUUCGAUGGUCACGCCUCCACCUAAAAUCAUAAACGAGACGCCCAAGGAUACCACCACCGACGCCUUUCACGCUACACGCUUAAAGAUCGCGCAACGAAACCAACAUGAUUCUCCACUCCUUGGUCUCCCUGCCGAGCUCAGGAACAAGAUAUACGGAUAUGUCCUAUGUGGAAAAACCAUCGCAUUCGAACUCUUCCGAACAGUGCCAGGAUUUGACGAAAACAACUUCAAUCUCCUUCGGACCUGUCGCCAGAUACAUGCUGAAGCCCAGCUUCUCCCAUACGCCAAGAACACAUUCUUGAUCGGCGACAGAUCUCAGUUCAAACAAUGGCUUCAACAGCGUACUGCCCUUCAGAUUGAUGCCAUCUCUACAAUCCACCUUCGUUUCACGCUUGGAAUCAACAAUUCGUCGGCCGACUAUCGGUGGCGACUCAACCGCACACACAUAUUCACGAAAACCGAUAAGCUCGAAAUGGCUUUCCUCGAGAUCCCUAACCUGAGGAAGAUAAUGAUUGUUGCAAGGAUGAUGGUUGACCCUGAUUGGAAGAGAAUGAACCCCAUCACAUCCAGGCCAGACGCCGAAGAUGUACUUAGGUGCAUAGAGGUCCAAAGCAAGCCUGUGGAAGCGGCUAACCCUGGAGUUCGCAUUGUUGUGGAAAAGACGGAGCAUCGCGAAGAAGUUGAGUUUGGAUCGAGCUACGAGAAUGUCAGGGAUAGGUGGGCCUAUACCAAGGCAAAUUGA